AUGCUAGCCUGCGCUGGUGCGACGCCCUACAUUGACAUGUCUAUCGAGGACUUUUCAAUGUGGACAGAGGAAGGCUCUGCACAGUGGUACUACUGUGAGAGCGGCUACAGCUCUGGGUUCUGCUUGGCCACUGGCGAUGACUACACCUCGUAUAUCACCGCUUUGCCCCUCAUGGCUGCCCUCUCGGGUUACUCUGCGCCGACAACGGUGUCGGAUCUAGCUGCUGUUUUUGGCACUGCGGUGCUUAUCCCCGUUCCUGCGAUUUUUACUUCAAUUUAUUCCCGGUGCGACGCCGUAUAUAAGUUGGCGGGCGCGAAGUCGUUUGCUGCCUCGAGGGAGGGUCGACUUAUGCUGCUCGGCGUUGGUAGUUGUGUAUGA